GUCGACCUUUGGGACUGCCAGUGGACGGUGCACGUGUGGAGUCUCAGUCUGGGAGAGGCGUACCGAGUACGGACGGAGGAGAGGGCAGGUCGGACAAAGGAGACGAGAAAUGGAGACUGGACAGCUCCAAGAGAAGUUUAUCCAGAUGAAAGAACAGAUGGCACUUCUGAAGGAGGAAAUGACACAUCGCCAUCAAGAGGGCAUUGUCCGUUUGGAUGGGGAACUGACCACACUGAAGAAAAACUGCGACUCACUGAGUGAACAGGUGGUCGGACUGGAGGGAGAAGUGGCCACACUGAAGGGAGACAACGCCACACUGAAGGGAGACAACGCCACACUGAAGGGAGACAACGCCACACUGCGUCAGGAGGUGGUCCAUCUACGUGAAGAGGUGGUCCGCCUGCGACAGGCUGUCCUCGAGGAGCGCACCACUCGCCAGGUCGUCGUGGAGGAGCUGCGGCAGGAGGUCCGCCGGCGAGCGGCGCCAUCCGACCGUCUACAGGGUGACGGCGAAGAGGUGGUCUCACUGAAGGCCGACACCUGUGACAAGUGUGACGCCACCACUAGUUGUGACGUCACCCCAACUACGGAGGAGAUGGGGCCGGCGUCCGGUAAGCUGAGGCCGCCCGCGCCUCGCGAGGCCAACAUCUACCACCUGGACACCGAGCUGCUGAAGAUGGUGAUGAGCAAGAUGGACUGUAGGGAUAUGUUCCGCGCCAGGCGGGUCUGCCAUCGGUGGAGGUCCGCUGUCGACGAUAUCGUCAGCGGCAGUGUUCGCCACGGGCCCCAAAAUCCCCAGCCCAGCCCGGCCCGGGCCCAUGGGUUCAGAGCCCGGCCCAGCCCGUAGCCCGCUCUUGGCAAAUAUUCCAAGCCCAGCCCGGCCCGGCCCGUCAAAAAUAGCAAUCUAGUUAUUGUCUUAGUCUAUUGCUAUAAUAAGCAUGAUUGAUUACACUAUUUUGAGAACAAUUCAAAUUGCAUGAAUAUUAACAUGGCAAUCAUGACUCCCUUCUUUUCAAUGAAUAUAAUCAUUUCAAGCACCUAUGGCACAAAUUUUAACAGUAACAGCAAGCACCUCAGUCAAUUAGGUCAUGAUUACACACCUAUAAAAAGUUUACAUGAUUAUAUUAACUACAUUCUAUGAGUAAAGUUAUCUUGCAAGCUGAUGUGUGUGAACAUUAUCAUUAAUAAUUGGUGACUCUAAUGCAUACUUGAAGGAAGUAUUUGCAACAUACUCUAUACUUCCCAGCACUUACCAGCAGAAAAAAAGCUUGACUUAUGGGAAUUGAUGAAUCUGUCUGAGAUUGACCUUGCUGUUAAAUUCACUCCAUAGAUGCUGCAAUAUCAAAAGCCUGAGAAAGCAUACAAAAUAGGUGACACUAACUUUAGCACUGUCUUCCAAAAAAAAGAGAAAAUCCAUCCAUUUAUCAGCAAAACUGAUUUAAUCUAUUUUCAAUUCAUGCCCACGUGUCAACCGAAUCUCUGUGGACAACUAUCUGCUACUUUCCUUGCUAUUUUAUGUUAGGCUCUUUUCAAGAUAUGGAUAUCGCUAGCAGCGUAAGCAGAAAACAUGGUAAGCUUGAAAUGUCAUUGGGUACUUUUGCGACUUGUACGCAUCAUCAUCAUCAAUCGAAAAUGAGCGAACACUUCUUGAUUGUCGCAGCUGCGGCAGGUAGCGAUUCUGACGAAUUGUAUAAUAAAACAUAUAUGAUCAA